CAAACGCACACACAAUGACUUAUGUCAUUAGUCACCCGAUAUGUUUCUGCUAUGUAUUUAUCUCGAAAUAUUUUAGCGAAAUACAAAGUUAUCGUUGCAAACAGCAAAUAUUACUGAUAAUCACUUUCACGUAACGUGUGAUAGCGUAUGUCGGACGCACGCGAUGGGAACAAGUGGAAAAGUUUACUAUGAAAUUGAAUUCCAUAUUUUGUCAAGUAACUGGAAGUGAGUGAGUGUUUAUAUUAGCUAAAAUGGAUAAUAACAGUGAUAAGAAGGACGAUGCCAGUGCUCAGAAGAAAGAAGUGCUCUCAAGUUUACAGAAAAUAUGUUUAGUGUGUGGUGAUAAGGCCCUAGGUUACAACUUUAACGCGAUCUCGUGCGAGAGUUGCAAGGCGUUCUUUAGACGAAACGCCUUGGCUAGUAAAGAGUUCAAAUGUCCGUUCACGAACAACUGCGUAAUCACAGUGGUGACGAGGAGGUUUUGUCAAAAAUGUCGGUUAGAAAAGUGUUUGUCAAUAGGCAUGGUGAAGGAAUUCAUCAUGUCGGAAGAGGACAAGGCGGAAAAGAGACGGAAAAUAGAAGAAAACAGAGCUAGGAAACGGCAGCGCGAUCCUGACGACGCGGUCACUAGCUCGAAGAAUUUGAAGAGGGAUGAUGAGGGGGAUACUGGGCUCAUCCCGCUGCAGGACACUGUAAUACAGUAUGACACUCUCAGUACGACAUGUAGCCCUAGUAGCACAGUGCAGUCCCCACUGGCCAGUGACCUGGAAGCCUCCUUACACUCCCCGCUGUACAACUACACUCCAGCCCCACCUGUACCCACCAACGAGCAGCCGUACCCUAUGAAGGUGUACCCAAUAGACGAGAAGUCUAUCAUCAACAGACAGAUAUAUGACCAGAGGAUGAUGGACUCAUACAAUAUGUAUGAAAAUGUUGACAGUAACAACAUGUACCCAGUAGAGCCACCAAAGCAGAAUAGUAUAAGAUCAAUAUUGACAAAUAGUGACAAACCCGCGGCGAGGGAGGCUCGGCCGCAGCACGUCUGCGAGGAGAUCCCGUCCACCAGCACCAACCCCGACGUCAACAAGGCCAGGGAUAUACUGCAGGAUGUGGAGAGAAUAGAGCCAAAUUCGAUGGAGUCGAUAUUGUGUGAGGCGAUCAAGCUGGAGUUCGAGGCAUACACGUCCGUCAGUCCGUGCAGCGGCUCCUCCCGGGAACUGAACGAGGUGGAACGUGCGAAGCUGAACGAACUGAUAGUAGCCAAUAAAGCACUGCACGCCCCCAUCGACGAUGACGUCACACAGCUCGUGGGGGAGACCGCCAGCUCGGCUGGGUUCAAGGGAGGAGACGGCAAACACGACCCGCGCCUGAUCACGAUAGUGAACCUUACCGCUGUGGCAAUACGGCGGUUUAUUAAAAUGGCGAAGAAAAUCAACGCCUUCAAGAAUAUGUGUGAGGAAGAUCAGGUGGCGCUGCUGAAAGGCGGCUGUAUAGAGAUGAUGGUGCUCAGGAGUACGAUGACGUACGACGGACAGAGGAAGCAGUGGAAGAUCCCCCACUGCCAGGAGCAGUUCGGCAGCAUCCGCACGGACGUGCUGAAGCUGGCGAAGGGCAACAUCUACCGCUCGCACGACUCCUUCAUCCGCUCGUUCGAGGCGCGCUGGCGCACCGACGAGCACGUCAUCCUCAUCAUGUCCGCCAUCCUGCUGUUCACGCCCGACCGGCCCAAGGUCGUGCAUCCCGACGUCAUCAAGCUGGAACAGAAUUCAUACUACUACCUCCUCCGUCGUUACUUAGAAAGCGUCUACCCGGGAUGUGAAGCGAAAUCGACCUUCUUGAAACUGAUCCAGAAGAUCCUGGAGCUGCGCAAGUUGGCCGAGGAGGUGACCGGGGUGUACCUGGACGUGAACCCUAUCGAACCCUUGUUGAUGGAGAUCUUCGACUUGAAGCACCACGCCGCAUGAGGCAAGGGGUGACGUAGCGUAAGUAUUUAUUCAACUCACUGGACGCGGGCUCGUAAAUAAUUCAGUUUUCAUGUCAUUUAUUUUUAUGUCAUUGUUAUUAUUUAAAUUUUUAAUGGUAGAUAUUUAAAUUUUUCUUACGUUUUUCGGUUUUUGCAAUGUACAGUUUUAUUAUGUUAAAACCUCUGUCACUUUUUUCUUAUUUGUUUUUUAUUAACGUGUUUUACAUCAAGUUAUUGGUUCAAACCAGGCUACACCGGACAGCAUUUAUAUGUGGAACAACGUUAAUAAAAAAACAAAUAAGACCAAAAAAAGUGACAGAGGUUUUAACAUAAUAAAACUGCAUAUUGCAAAAACGUAGAAUCAUCAUAAUUUCAUCAAUGUAGAAAGCCUAAGAUAAUUUAAAUUAAGCUACGUUAAAGCAUCCCUUUUAAAUAAAUCAUUCUUAAAAUGCCAAAUAUCACUGCUCAUCUACAUAUUAUAACUGGAUUGUUUACGAAUCCGCGCCACACUUGUUUGUCCGUCUGUCGCGUUGGCCUAAAUAGCUGGAUAACUAUGGAAUAUCUACAUCUACACACAUAAGUCGAGAUUCCGUUUGAUAAGUAUAUAUUAAAUUAAAUUGUUAUUCUUGUACAGUAAACUUAUAUGAACAUAUCAAAUGCCAAAUUAGUAAUUAUGUGUGAUAUAUAAGUACUAACAGCGCCCUCUGCCGUGAUUUUUAAACGAGUAUUUGUCGAUACUCGAUAGCGGUGACGUAAAUUUUUGUACGUUAAAUUUUAGUUCCGUUAGUGCCCGCUAGGGGCGCUGAAGAAUUUGCCGUAUGGACAGAACCUAGAAAACGUCCUAUGUAAGCACCUCAUAAGCGCCCCCUAUCGAGUAUCGACAGAUACUAUUGCUUUAAAUUCACGAUGGAGGCAGAAGUAAUGUUAGGCUGCAGGUCCGAUCUCUCACGUCUACUCUUACGAAUACAUGCAGUGUGUCCGAGACGUCAAUGUCGAGCUGGUAAUAAUGAAAUUAGUAGAAAAACAAAGAUUAUCCAACUUUUUCUGCUUUAAUGCCAACUAUUUAAAGGCAGUUACAAUAUUAACUAAAAAUCACGGUUUACUCACGUAUUUAUUAAUGGACGCCAGCCUACUGACGCCUAUGCAAGUAUGCUGCGUGACGUCGCCGCGUCUGCGCACGCUGCUCAUAAUUAAGAGUCCCUCUGUGACUCGAAACUAGUAGAGCUUUUCUCCAUUAAUAAUACGUAAGUAAACCGUAAUUUUUAGUUAAUUUAGUAUGUCUCACGAUAGUUAUAAUAUUUGCUACAUUUUCUCUUGAGGUUGGUGUCUCGGACAGCUGUAUAUAAGUAGUAUAUACAAUACAUAUGUACAUGUAUGUAGUCUGCGUAGUUUUACACUAAGUACAAUAUAAGUGUAUGUUUAGUCGUGACCUAGGUAUCGUUAGAACGCUUUGGGAACAUUAUUUACUAACAAAACGCAGGUUAUUAACAAUACUUGCAUAUUCUCGGAAUGUUGUUAUCUUUUUCUAAUUGAGAACGAGGGAAAGGGACAGUGUAAUAUUUUUAGACGGAAAAUCUUUGAUACUUCCUCUACAUAAAUAGCAUAAACACUAGUUGCUUAGAAAAAAAUAAAAUAAAAAAAAUCAAUGUAUGGUAUAAUUAAAUUCGACUGGUGUUUCUGCCAUUUGCCUAGAGGGAGUCAUUCUGAAUGUUUACGGUCGUAUGUUUAGUUUUACCUAGAUAAAGAUUGUAUGUGACUUGGGGAUAAAAUUGCUUUUGUAAAAUGAUUUGUACGUCGGGUAUGAUAAGGUACAGAUUGGAAAAUCUAGAAAUUUUCAGUAGUCACAAAAUAUUAUAUUUUUUUUUUACCUAUUGGUCUUUGUAAAUGAGAAUACAGCUAUAGAGAGAAGUAUAUGUACCCUUAGUACGAGUGUGCAACGUAACGAGAGCGCGUUCGGCGCUCUGAUUGGCCGACGCGAAUGACCAACCAAUCAGAGCGCCGAACACGCUCUCGUUUCGUUCGACGUAAAGCAAAUUCGUACUAAGGUUACUGAUGAUAGGCUUAAGGGGAAUACAUUUUUAGGCAAGUUCCCGAGGAACAGUUUUAUACAGAAAAGUUUUGUUACGUUUAUAAAGGAAACUAAGAAAUUGUUUAGCUGAACAUAAUUAUGAAUUACUGUUGUGAAGUCGAGCUCAUUAAUGUAAGAAGCAAUUUAUUCGUGUUUAACGUAACUUAGGAUCGAUAUCGACUGAUAGUCUGCAAUACAUACCUCAUGAACGUCGCUAAAUAUUUACUUUUCAUACAAUUAAUGUUAUACAAUAAAUUAUUUUUCGUGUCGUUGCAAAAUCAACCGUAUUGCUACGACAUAGAGACGUUGUGCAAGACACUUUUAUAAUGAACGUACAGUUUGUGUAUGUUACAAAUAUUUUAAUAUUGCAUUGCAAUAAUAAUUACUUAUUUUUAAGUAAUAUCGAUAUUUUUAUAAAUUUUCACGACAAAUUAAAAAGAAAAUCAUUAUAUUCAACGUCUUUUUAGUGUGUGAGAGACAUUUCAAUAAAUUAUAAUAUUCUGUUCUGUUCUAAUACCCACGAUCUCUUUAACUACACUUGGGAGCAAACAAACGGAGCCACUAGCGAUUUUUACUUAAUCAUUCCUUGAUAAAUAUUUAACGUAUGUCGUACGAAAGGCAAUUUAAUUAUCUUUAAAACAAAAGCAUUUUGUUGUAAAACUAUUUUUAUUAACUUAAGUUAUAGAGGGUUCUUUAAAAUGAAAAAAAGAAAUGCCAUUAGCUCCGUUCCUAUGCUCCCAAGUGUAGUAUAUCACAGUUGCCAUACUUAUUCUCGUCUAUAGUCCAAGUUAUUAAUUCAUUAUAUUGUUUUAAACCUUGUGUUUGGGUGAUUUUCCAAAAAAAAAACACAAAAGUUAACGGCGUCAUUAUCCUCAACCAAAAGUUAACAAUUCUGCCGAUUGCAACACAAAAUUUGGUUUAAAAAAUUAAGCUGUGACACUGCUCUCAACCAAUCCAAUAAAAAUAAGAAUGAUAAAUAAGCUACCACGAUGCUUAAUAACGCGGGAGAAUAAUGAUUUGUUGAAAUAAAAGUAAAUUUUUGAAAAAUCACCCAUUUACUUCUUUUUACGUUUGGCAAACAAUUUUAAACUAACAAGAAUUAAUAAAAUAAUGAUAUAUCGUACUAACACAAUACUAACAUGCAAAGCAAAAUUUGUUAAAUUUCUAUCAAAUGUUAUAUUUAUUUCGUUUUACGUGUAAAUAGUUUAAAUGUAAAACUACGUUUAUAUUGUUAAUUAAGAGAACUUUAUUUUUAUAUUAACACGUAGGUAGAACUCGAUAUUGUAAGUGCAAUAAUGUAUUUUAAGAAAGAAAUAUAUUAUAGUUUGUUUA